GCGGCGAACUUCCCGGGAGAAGGGGCUCUUUCCGCGCCAGAGCUGACGAGAAAGCUGCCGCCGCCGAGUGCUUUGACUCCGGGCAGCGGUCGGCUCCGCUCGCAGCGCUCGGAAAGUAACGUUAUUUAUUUAUUUGCUUGCGUUCAGCCUCUGGGGUUGGACCCGACAGACACCCCUUGGACUUGGGGAGCCUGCGUCCGAUCGCUUCAGCCUCCACCCAGCCGGUGCGGGCGGCUCCCGGGAAUACGCGCACGUGCACCCCCCGCGAACCCUCCCCGCGCCCCAACCCGGGUUGGGUCGGACCUGAACCCCUAAAAGCGGAACCGCCUCCUGCCCUUGCGCCAGCCGCCCUCCCGGAGCUGAGUCGCCGGCGGCGGUGGCGGCAGACGGACCGGGGAGUUUCCUCUCUCACUGGAUGGAGCUGAACUUUGGGCGGCCAGAGCACCGCAGCCAUCCGGGGAUCGCUGCAUGCUGAGGUCCCUCGGCGAGACCCAGCGGCAGCUCGGGAUUUUCGGGGGGGGGCGGGGACCAGCUGCGCGCCGGCACCAUGUUCCUGGCGACCCUGUACUUCGCACUGCCGCUUCUGGACGUGCUCCUGUCGGCCGAGGUGAGCGGCGGGGACCGCCUGGACUGUGUGAAGGCCAGCGAUCAGUGCCUAAAGGAGCAGAGCUGCAGCACCAAGUACCGCACGCUGAGGCAGUGCGUGGCGGGCAAGGAGACCAACUUCAGCUUGACCUCGGGCCUGGAGGCCAAGGACGAGUGCCGCAGCGCCAUGGAGGCCCUCAAACAGAAGUCGCUUUACAACUGCCGCUGCAAGCGGGGUAUGAAGAAGGAGAAGAACUGCCUGCGAAUCUACUGGAGCAUGUACCAGAGCCUGCAGGGAAAUGAUCUGCUCGAAGAUUCCCCAUAUGAGCCAGUUAACAGCAGAUUGUCUGAUAUUUUCCGGGUGGUCCCAUUCAUACCAGACGUUUUCCAGCAAGUGGAGCACAUCCCGAAAGGGAACAACUGCCUGGAUGCGGCCAAGGCCUGCAACCUGGAUGACACCUGCAAGAAGUACAGGUCGGCGUACAUCACCCCGUGCACCACCAGCAUGUCCAACGACGUCUGCAACCGGCGCAAGUGCCACAAGGCCCUCCGGCAGUUCUUCGACAAGGUCCCGGCCAAGCACAGCUACGGGAUGCUCUUCUGCUCCUGCCGGGACAUCGCCUGCACCGAACGGAGGCGGCAGACCAUCGUGCCCGUGUGCUCCUACGAGGAGAGGGAGAAGCCCAACUGCCUGAGUCUGCAGGACUCGUGCAAGACAAAUUACAUCUGCAGAUCUCGCCUGGCGGAUUUUUUUACCAACUGCCAGCCGGAGUCAAGGUCUGUCAGCAGCUGUCUAAAGGAAAACUACGCCGACUGCCUCCUCGCCUACUCUGGGCUUAUUGGGACAGUCAUGACCCCCAACUACAUAGACUCUAGUAGCCUCAGCGUGGCCCCCUGGUGCGACUGCAGCAACAGUGGAAACGACCUGGAGGAGUGCUUGAAAUUUCUGAAUUUCUUCAAGGACAACACAUGUCUCAAAAAUGCAAUUCAAGCCUUUGGCAAUGGCUCAGAUGUGACCGUGUGGCAGCCAGCCCUCCCAGUUCAGACCACCACUGCCACCACCACCACAGCCUUCCGGGUCAAGAACAAGUCCCUGGGGCCAGCGGGCUCUGAGAAUGAAAUCCCCACUCAUGUUUUACCACCUUGUGCAAAUUUACAGGCGCAGAAGCUGAAAUCCAAUAUGUCGGGCAGUACACACCUCUGUCUCUCUGAUCGUGAUUACGAAAAGGAUGGUCUUGCUGGUGCUUCCAGCCACAUAACCACAAAAUCAGUGGCUGCUCCUCGAAGCUGCGGUCUGAGCCCACUGCUGGUCCUGGUGGUAACUGGCCUGUCCACCCUAUUGUCUUUAUCUUUGGCAGAAACAUCGUAGCUGCAUUUAAAAAACAGUAUGGACAUGUAAAAAGACAAAAACCAAGUUAUCUGUUUCCUGUCCUCUUGUAUAUCUGAAAUUCCAGUUUUAGGAGCUCAGUUGAGACACUGCUAAAACAGUUUCAUCCAACUGGAACUUUCUUUCUUUUCUUUUUCUUUCUUUCUUUCUUUCUUUCUUUCUUUCUUUCUUUCUUUCUUUCUUUCUUUCUUUUUCUUUCUGUUUUUUUUAAAGAAAGCUUCUUGUGAUCCUUAGGGCUUAUAUGGGAUCCCCAGUGCAGUGCUCCCUUCCAAACUCAAAAGGCUUUGGGGGCAGGCUAUAUUGUAAAGGGACCCUUUGGUUAAUUUGGCUGUAAAGCAACUUGGGGCCAUGUUUUGCAAGAUGAGGAUGAGGAUGUUAACAGUUGAACUCUGGCCUUGGCUCGCUAGGGAGUAUUUGUAAAGAAUCUGCUCUCUCUCAUGGAAUAGCUUUCAUUUCUGAUGACAUCACUACAGCUGUCCGCGGAUGCCAAGCUUUUUGGGUCACAAAGCCAAGAUUCUCAUCAAGACCAUCUUGAUGGCCUUUGUGCAAACAAGCUUGUGCCCGUGUUCACCUUUAUGGACGUGCACUUUCCGCCCUCAUGUUCACGUUCUGUAAACGGUUCUGCACCCUCCUCCACGACAAAAACACCCAUCCCAUCCAAAAGCCGUGUCUGUCUUCGGGUCAAAGUGGAGAAGGAGGCUGGGUGGGAGACGUCGCAGAACCCUGAUCCUUGACACAUUCUGCGAAGCCUUCCCUGAGUGAGAAGCCCUGAAACUAACGAGACUCAAGCAGAGCUGAAGCAUCGUUCUAAUACCUUUAUGAAGUUAUAUGUAGAGAAGAAAUUUUACUAUGAAAUGAGUUCAGCUAUUGGCUUUCUAUAUUUUGGAAGUAAUGAUAUUGUCUUCAUUUUUUUUUUUUUUUUUUUUUUUUUUUUACUGGUGGUUUAAUACAGAAUACAUGGAGCUUGUGUUCCUCUAAGUAGUGUUAGCUCCGAUAUUAACUUGACAAAUACAAGCAGACUCUGACGAGCCCCGUGCUUUAGCAGAAAGCUUUGCAUCACGUUACUGUGGACAGGCAGGAGGAAACAGAGCCACCAAGCGUUGUCUUUUAUCAUUUCUUGAAACGUGAGGGCACAGAUGUGUGCGGAAAUGUUCUCUGAGGUCUCAUGGCACCCUUGCCAGUUGACACGAACUGGUACCUUGGUUUUCAUGUUACCUUACAGAGGCAGCUUUGGAACAGGCAUGGGACAUGUGGCCCUCUCUUCUGAAGCAGAUCCGUGCCAGGAUACAUGGCCCUUUUCUUGUCUUGAUGCCCGACUGUGCUGGACUGACUGCUGUGUAGAGCGGUUUGGUCUGAAGGUCAUCGGGAAUCUGCUUGCUCCGUGUCCUGUGUCCUCCAUGACAGGCUGGGAUGACUCUGCAAGAAAAGAAGAAGGUUGGCGGACCCAGGGGUUGCUGUCUGGUCUAUGGAGAGGAGUUGGCUGGCACGGAGACACAGAGCAAGAUGCUGGGUACAAGGCAACUGGCUUGAUAACUGCACGUCAUCGUUCAUCGUUCUCUUCCUUAGACAAAUAGACCCGAAAGCGGGUUCUUGAAGUAGAAGUCUGGUCGAAAUGAUGAGAUUCAGAGAAUCUAAGGAUCGGGUGCCAGUAGCCAUGAUUCUUUGAAACUGAAUAAAGGUGAGGAGAUUCCACCUUAAGAGACAGCUCAAAGCAGUAGCUUUUUCCCCACGUCGGGAGAGAGGAUGGAGGAGGAAAUCCACCAGGCUCAUUUCACCCCGAUUCCCUUUUUGCUCACGGAUGUUUGCCUUGUAAGGAUUAAUCAACUUACUAGGGUGGGAAGUCCAUGAAAGCCAAGGUGAAGGCAUAGUCCUUUAGCUCUAUGGGUGUUCGAAGUACAUUUAUAUCCAAAUGUUAAUAAACAUAAAUGUCUAAUACUAAGUACCGAGUUUUUUCACUUUGAAAUGUUUUUAAGGGAAAUUCAUCGAACACAUUCCAUUGCUGAGAGGUUUCGUAGGGACUCUUACUUUGACUCAACACAUUAAACGUGUGGAAUUCCAGUCAUCUAUGAAAGCAUAUCUCUUACAGAGCAUAUUUUGUUUUUGAUUAAGGUAUCUCUGUGUAUCUACAUGGGACUAAUCACAGAUAGGUCCGAUUCUAUGUAAUCCACUGUAGCAAGCUAUUGAUUACUUCUGCAAUAAACAGCUCUAAUUAGCUUCAGAUGACCAAAGAGGAAAUGGGAGUUCUCGGAGCUUAACAAGGGGAGCCUUCGGUAAAGAACGAACACAUGCAUGGGCAGCACAUAAAUUAAGUUUUUUGAACAGCCUCGUUUUUCACUGACCAAGAUCUCAUUCUUCUUCAGAGAGAGAUGCGUAUGAGAUUACCAGGUCAUCAGUUUGAAAACAAAUUCUUGAUUAAAUAACCCAGGGAGAAGGAUAUGCCGUGACAGCUUGUUAGAGCGAUUCUUAGACCGUCAUGCCAGGCAAGUGUUUCUGCCAUUUGGGGUGGUCACAGUGUAACGUGGUGGCCUGGAAACCCUGUCAUUUGCCCCAGCCCUGGAGGGGGCAAGUGACUUCAGUCUUUUUUCCUCUGGCUGUUCUGAAAGCAAAAAUGGUUCACCACGUCCUGUCCCUUUGGGCCCUGCAUUGAAGGUGCCACCUAAAUCUAAGGGCUGUCUGCUGAGGUUUGGGCCUCUUGUGGAAAUUAUCUCAUUGAAGUUGACUUUGACAAAACAAGAACAGUAACGGAGGUCCAUGGAGACCAUGGCUCCCAGAUCAAGUCUAGCCGCGCCCGACUCAUUUCAGAGGGAAAAAAAAAAAGGCAAGAUGGCCAAACUGAUUAGAAGCACAUUGAGUCCACUUUAACGUUGAUUAUCUUUGACCCAGAGGUGGUUGCGUCGCUUUUUAAUAGAGCACAGGAAGGAAGAAGGGCACAAGAAAGAGAGGGAAUUCAGAAGGCCACCUGAAUAGUUAUUUUUCCCUGAUUUCUUUUUCAAGCCUCUAGUAGAAAAAGCCUAAGUUGAGGAUGACGUAGGUUAUUUUUCAUCAAGGACAGCAAACUCUAUCCAAAGUGUGGUAGGAAUGUGGUUUCCAUUAGGAAAAAAAAAAAAAAAUUAACAAGCUUUUAUCCUGUAGUUAAAAAAUGUUUUAGAAGCUGUGUCUUCCAGCUCAUCAAAUACAGGACAAGGCUCCUCCAGAGCCUUUGAUCGGGUCGGUAUGAAGACUGUUGCCCUCUCGCACGUGCACCAAGGAUGGGCCUUCUCCAGCUGCAUCCCCAUUUCCCACCUGCCGCUUUGGACUCUAAAUCAGACACUCCCCAACACCCCAUCUGCUGAGCCAGGAAAGGGGGAGAGCGGAAGCCUUUCUCAAUCAGUGUUAAGUGCUUGGGAAAAGAGAUGUAAGAGCCGUGGGAGUUUAUAUAAUUAGCAAAUUCUUUUCUUAGAAUCCAGCAAAAGAUGUAUCUCUGUUGUUAUUAUUUACAAAACAGUGGCCUCGGAGGAGCUGUCUCUUGGAAAAUAAGUUUUCAUUCAUGUAGUCAAGACAUGCACGACUUAUUUGAGUCAAUAAACUGUGGGCCAGAAAAUGACGGCUUAAAAUGAGUGCACAUUUUCUCAUUCUCUUUCAACGCUGUUCUCCAUCUCUCGGAUUCCUCCCCCCCCCCCCCGUGAUCUUUGUUGCUUCUGCUCUUUGAUUAAACAGAUGAGACCACGUGAGACCCAUGGUUUCAAAAGAGACUCAAAAGCAAUGACAACACACACGAGUGACUUAGCAAUGGCCCGAACAUGGUGUGGGCCCACGAGCCUGUCUGCACUGACCUUGGGGAGUUUGAAGCAAAAUCAAGGUUCCACAGGAGGCCACAGGCCACUGGUGAAUGGACCACAUGGUCUGAUCCAAAUAGGAACCUUGUUCCAACAAAACAGCCAGAGGUCUUGGAAUUAGACCCCAGUGCCUUUGUAGGAAGCAAGCCAGAGCUACUAUCUGGAGGACAGAGGAAGGAAUUUCUUUUUAGAGAUUCGCAAACCACAAAACAGCUGGGAAUUUGGUUAGAUACCCUUGGAAGCGGUGUUUUACUCUCAUCCCUAAGAUAAGCAUCUUGUGUGUAGCUCUGAUACUCGACUUUGACACAGCCUUUAUUCUCUAGUGACCAUUUGUUUGAAGCCUGUUGUCUGGAAUUCUUCAAGAUGACUAUGCCUUUGCAAUACAUCCUCAUUGCAGAGGCCUUAAAUCUGUGCGGUUGGCCACUGCCUCCAUCCUGGGAUGUAUUCAGCGGGACAUUUCCUUUCGCAAGGAUCGUUAUCUUAAGAUAUUGGCGGAGUCCCUUCUCUUUCAUAGGGAUGAUUGAUAACCCCAGUCCCCACCCUUGCUUCUUGUUGCCCACGUAUUUUUCAGAGUUCUUACUCAUCAGUUCUUUAUCCGAAGCAUUCUAAAUUUAAGUCCUACCCAAAUUAAUUCUUGUUCUGUCUGAUGCCUGUUGUGCAUGUAACCCUGGCUGUUUGAAGGCGGAGAAGUCUCUCCGCAGAGCCAGGCGAUCUGAGGGUGAUGCUAAUCCAGGAGUAGAAAGUUCAUCCCUCCAGCCCUCCCCCGAGCUGCCUCUUCUUAGCUUGGGGAUUGUCUUGUCUGCUGCAUCCUCGCCAGGCAUCCCUUUGUUGUUCUCAGUGCUCUCUGACGAGCUUCCCCUCCCUUCCGGAGAGACAGCCUGGGUUGUUCAGCGGGAGGCACCACCUGCACUUCUGAUGGUUCUGAGACCCAGCCCAGAGGGGUGGGGAAGGCUCGCAAGCCCUGCUUCAAUAAACUGCCUGCAGAGAACCGCAGCCUGAUAACAGUCAUCGAGGUCCCAGCCCCCUGAGGUCUCCAGGCUCAUUUGACCAGCGCAGCUGCGACUUCGGCUGUCUGCCUCUGGCAGGUGCCAAUAUCAGCAUCCUGUCCCGCUGCCACGGGGAGUUUAUUUUCGCUCAAGGGCAGCUGCCAAACCCAGCACCCGCAUCAAUGGAAGGUUUUCUCUGAUUUUCUUCUCUUUAUCCCAGGUCCAGCUUUCUUACCCCUCAUUUUCCAUUUUGUCGGAAGUGCCAAGAGACCCUCAGCCCCUUCCUUCUUUACAACACUCUUCUCACUCAUCCUAGCAGCUUCCCUGGCAGAAAGCAUGACCCAUAGUAGGAAGUUAAACAAUGCUGCAUGAAUGAAAAACUUUAGGGCAUGGAGGGCUUCAUUCGUCAUCCAGGAGCAGGUGGCCCAUUUGCACCAACUGGUGGCGCUUCAGCAUCAGUGCUAAAGGUAUCCCCCUGAGAUUAUUGAGGGGACCUGGGAGAAGGGGUUUUUAAAAAGUGUUAGAAGCAAAGCAGCUUUCAAUCUGUCUGCUGUGUUCCCCGCCGAGAGAUGAAAAACUAGUAUUUGUUCCCAGGAAGAGCUAAGCCUGCCCAGCCAGGCCCAGCAGGCUCACAACAUCCACCAGAAAGGAUGAGACCCCAAAUGGGUGGCCUUUGGGGGGAAUUAGCCAGUGAGUCUGGUGGUAUUUUAAUCUGCCUCAAGUGCAGGAUGCUGGCAAGAAAAAUGGACCGCUCCACCAGUCCCUGACCAAGCCUCUGGCAGCAUCAGCGGCUUAGGCGCUUAACACUUCAGCAGGUUUAUGAAACAUCUACUGUACUUGAACAAACCAUCAUUUGGGGCUGAAGCUCUGGCACGAGUAACUUGAGAAUAGAGGGCCUUCUGACCAUAGCUUAGGGGGACAACUGGCUUUUCCAGACUGGCAGAAUCCUUCCCUUUGAUUUUCCUUUGGAAAAUCUAUUUAUUCUCUCCCUAAAUAGUUGCAGAAGCUGUUUUUCAGACUCCUUCGCUAAGAGUAAAGUCCAGGUCCAUGUGCAUACACCCCCCCACACACAAGCCCACCCAUCACAAAGCAGGCAGGUAUACCCACCCUCCGCCUGUGCCCAAAAGGCCACUACGGAGAACCGAGGAGGGUCACCCCUUUGAGCCUCAGAGGCCAUGAGCAUGGCCAGGUCUAUGAGCCAGUGGGACGUCGGAGCUGUCAGGUACCAGCCAUGGUGCUAGUGGGCCUAGGAGACACCUCUGCAGUUCACCAGGCACAUCACAGAUCUGAGAACCAGAGUAAACGGGAAGGAGGGACUGGAACACGCAGCGGAGGCCCCCAGUGUAGGAAACAGGGCUGUUGGAAGUCAGUGACAUCCUCUCAUCUGUCACGGGGUCGGCGGGGCGUCUGCAGAGACCCAGGUGAAGGCACUCAGCUUUCUUGGCACAGUGACACUUAAGGCGCCAUCGUUAAAGCUGCCCCCCCACCCCGCCCCGUGUCGCAACUGCUGCGGGGCGGUUAAGAUCCAGCGUUAUCUUCCUGGCAUGCAAAGCGUGCUUGAUCUGGAAUUGGGUUUUUCAUUUUUUAGCUUUAGCUGAAGGCAUUUCUGAAAUGUGAGGAAGUGAGGGGGGCACAGGGGAAGAGAAUGGCAACGGUAGAACCACAUCACUGAUCGCCCUGCCUUCUCUGGCUAUGGUCUUAGCGUAAUCAGACAUUUCUGAUGUGCUUUUCUGGAUUCAGAAAAAGCUGGUUGUCCUCAGAGGGUUGAAGAAGGGGUUUCAGAAACCUGAAAUCCUGGGUCUUAUACUUCUCCUAAUUAUCUGUCUUUUCUUUUUCUCUCCCUUCUCUCCCCCACGGGAGGUAGGGAAACACUUUUUUUACCAGAGUUGGCUUUAAAGAGGUUUCUCAUCCUCUGUGCAUUUUCCCUUGAUAUUGAAAUUAUUUUCUCUUGUUUAAUCCAGAGCCUGCUGAGAAGCUCUGUGAGCGGUAGGAAGUGAGGUGGGUUUGCUCUAUUUUUUGGAUGGUGUUGCAUUUUUACGCUUAACCCGAGGGUGUGUCUCAGUUAUGCUCACUCUGUUUCAUACAAGUUAACGGUGGAGGUGGAAGAGAGUCAGGAUUCUGGGUUUUAGGAUCGGUUUAGCAUUCUGUCCUGGGAGAGGGGUUCAGACACCCAGCCUCAUCAAAGCUGGGGUGAGGGGUAGAGCGAGGGCCACUUAAGCCCCCAAUUAGGGGAGGGCACAUAGAAGCAGCUCUCCUUCCGGUUGCCACUUUAUAUCGUGUGUUUCCUGAGUUUCCAUGUGUAUAUUUCAUCGUCUUGUGUAUCUGCUUCCUGAGGGGUCUGGAACAUUCUCCUGGAGUCCCUCCCACAUGGCUUCCUCACACAGCUGUUUGCAACAUGCUUUAUUGCCGUCACCCACAGGACACCAUCUCUACGCAGAAGUAUACAUUUUGCUCUUUGGACUUUGAAAGUAGUUUUUUGACGAUUAGACUUUCUGUUAGCAUAUUGCUCAAGCAUUACAGAAUGUAUGUACCUAGUCCCCUCAACCAUCUCCUCCGCCCCGGGAUGUUCUAAUAAAAGUUGUUUUCUUUUUCUAAAAAAAAAAAAAAA